AGCUCCGUGCAGCUCCGUACAUUUGGUUCAAAAUGGCUAGUCGCCCCUCAAAGCGAUUCAAAUCUUGCAAACUUCGCGUUCGAUCUAUCUCUACGAGUGGCAAAAAAAUCACGAAGAAUAUUGCUCUGAAAGCUUUAAAUCGUAUUUCAAAUGAAUUAAAGUCGACAAAUGUCCCUUCUAGUGCGAUAGAACGACAUAAUUUGUAUGAGUUUGAUGAAGGCCAAGGUUACUGUGAUGAAGAGCAUGCUUAUGCAACAAACUAUCAGAACAGACGGGAAAAGGAAUUUCAAGGCUGGCAAACCAUACGAGAGUCUUUGUUAAACGGAAAAAUUGAAGAAGAAGUUUUUCUUAACGAAGAAAAAUGCUCUGAAUGUGGUGUGAUUGGGGUAGAAUUUCGUUGUAACGAAUGCGCACACGAAAAAUAUUUUUGCAAAGGUUGUGCUGACAGCACUCACGAAACAAGCAACUACUUCCAUGUGCUUGAACGGUUUAAGGAUGGGUAUACAUUACCUUACUUUCCCAAUCAUGGUAUUCUUGCAGCAAGGCAUCAGAAAUCUUGCCAUAGUGCUCAAGCAAGAAAUGUCAUUUGCAUUGACCAAUAUGGUUUGUUUACUAGCUUAGAUAUACUCACUUAAUGAUUGAUAAUUUAUCAACCUUAGCAUUUUGUUGAUACAUAAGGUCUUUGCAUGCUCAUUUUUUUAAAUCAAUAUUUCUUCUUUAAAUACUAGCUUCAUGGUAAAUUCUAAAUUUUAUUGCAAAGUUCAUGUUUAAUUACCACCUACCCUCUUUCUUUGUGAUCUUUGUAUGUUUCAUUAUGAUGAUGAUAACCAGAA